AUCCGUCUAAUUAAUACCAGAACGCUGGAGUUCACCUGGUUUCCUAAACUUCCACCUCCAUAUGCAAUCCUCUCCCACACCUGGGGCCCUGAGGAGGUGACUUUUGCGGAUCUCACCAAUCCGUCUACGAGAGCAACAAGAUCGGACUUCGCCAAGAUCAAACAGACAUGUGAAAAAGCCCUCAAAGGUGGCUUUAGCUACGCGUGGAUAGAUACGUGUUGUAUUAACAAAGAAAGCAGCUCCGAGCUGAGCGAGGCUAUCAAUUCCAUGUUUAGGUGGUAUCGCGACGCUGCCAUGUGCUAUGCUUAUCUCGAAGACGCUUCCGAGGACAUAAAGCCACCGAUAACAAGCUCUUCGUCGAUUGAACACUGCAGAUGGUUUACCCGGGGCUGGACAUUGCAGGAAUUGCUUGCGCCGAAGGAAAUUGUAUUUUUUGGAGCCAAAUGGACCACAAUCGGCCGAAAGACGGAUCUUGGAGAGAUUCUGGAACAGAUCACUCGAGUUCCCUGCAACAUUCUUACUAGGGACAUGCGGUUAGACCAGACCAGCGUUGCAAACCGCAUGAACUAGGCUGCAAAACGAGAGACGACUCGUGCAGAAGACAUUGCAUGGGAAUAUUCGAUGUCAACAUGCCCAUGAUAUACGGCGAGGGGAGGAAUGCUUUCACUCGCUUGCAGGAGGAGAUUGUAAAGCAAACUCAGGACGAUUCCUUGUUUGCCUGGCGGGUCAGUGAAGAGUCUGCAUCCGAAGGCCCGUAUCGCGGCUUAUUUGCCUCAUCGCCGAAAGAAUUGGCCAGUGAGGUGAGGUGACUACCACUCCGU